CAACCGGCUAAUAAUGCCCGUUCUUCGGGGGAACCUGCCGCUCUUUGUCGGCUCCUCAACAUGGACGUGGUGGGAAGAGCUGCUGGUGGUGACGCUCCUUUGGGGACUCUCUCCAACCCAUGGUUACGGACCACCAAUCAUAUUUUGGGCGCUAUUUGGAUUUUCUUCUGCACGAUCUUACUCGUCAUGCGAAUGUACACCAAGAUCCACAUAAUGAGGAAGUUUUGGUGGGAUGAUGUCUGCUUAAUCCUCGCUUGGAUCCUUUCGAUUGGCACUCAAUCUGUUAUUCUCUACGGUUACAGCUAUGGAGGCUAUGGUGUCCACCUGGAGUACCUGACUCCCGCGGUUCUCGAUAUCUAUGUGAAAACCAUUCUCUCCGCCGCGAUUAUCUACGUCCCUACCCUAGCAGCGGCCAAGUUCGCUCUGCUGAUGCUUUACUAUCGCCUGUUGCAUAUGAUCCGCAUCUGGAGAAACAUCAUCUUCCUCGUCACCUUCUUCAUUGCCGGCUACACGAUCGCUCUCACCCUAGGUCUCAUCUUCCCUUGCCAACCCAUAGCCAAGAACUGGGACCUGACCAUCACGACCGGUCACUGUGUCAACCGCGUCGGAUUCUAUCUCGCUACGGCUAUUACGAACACAGUUAGCGAUGUAUUAUUGAUUAUAAUCCCCAUCCCAGUCAUAGCCAAGCUGAAGCUUCCCCUGGUCCAGAAGCUCGGGGUCGGCUGUAUGUUCGGAAUUGGUUGUUUAACCAUAAUAACCAGCAUCAUCCGGCUGGCGACUCUAAUGCCCCUGGUAACGUCCGAUGACCAAACAUACGAAAUCGCUCUAGCCGUCAUCUUCAUUAUCAUCGAAGCCAACUUCAUCAUUAUAUGUCCCUGUCUCCCCUAUCUAAAACAGUUCCUGCGCUUCCAUGCACCCUGCUGGAUUGGUGACUCCGGCAGCAAUAGCAGUCAGUCGCGACCGUCGGCUUCUUCCAACACCAACUCCACACCGUCGAGCAAUAGGCGCAAGCCGGGGUUGAGCGUGUUGCAGGAUGAUAUUGAACAGGCGCUUAGUCCACCGAUGGAGGCGCAUUGUGCUUGUAUGGUGGGUGCACGACAGGGGAGUUCUACUAGUGAUGAGUCAAGAGAGUUAAUAGGGGAGCGGAAGUAGUGUUUCUCCUGAUAUUGAUGAUUGAGCUAUCAUGUGUUGCUGAUAUGAACAUUUUCUUUUUCUUUUUAGCAUGUAAAUAUGCUUGAUACGGCCAGGCGACUGGUUAGACUGUACUUACAUCAGAUGUCAUAUUGUGUG